ACUGAUUAACAUUACGCCAGUGAUUUUCAAAUCGAUAUGGAUGAUUGUAUGGCGAAACGAGUGGUCAGGCGAAGGGCAAACAUGGAGAGUCAGAAACCCACUUAUCGCUACUACUAACAUAGGCUUGAGUGUAUCAUAAAGGAUUAUAUGAUAGGCAGCAAAUAGAAGCAGGGAUACAUUCGAUUGAAUGGAACUAACAAUCAGGGAUUUGGGGGGAUAUCCAUACGAGAAAAUACAAUUGAGGAUUCAAACGAUGCAAUAAGCUUGAGACAAUCGAUAGCUGUAUCUUACAAAUAACACAACGAAGCAAUGGAUGUGAACAUUGGAUUGCGGUCGCCUCGCUAAGUAUUUCCACAUCGUACCAUCACGUAUAUUAUGAGACAGCGUUCCCUGUGAUGUUGAUAAAAAUUGAUUAUCGAUCCUGAGCUCCGCAUAAUGGGACAGCUCUGGAAGGGGGAAAACGGCAGAGUAUGCUCCACUUGAUGCCUACAUCAAAAACAUAUAGCGGAGUAUGCCCCUUGGCAGAAGCCCUACCGACCCUUGAUCUGAAAUCAAAGUAACAAGAAAAAGUUAGGCCAAGGUAACUAGGCUAAGAACAGUUCUUAACCAAGGCCCCGUAAUCUCUUAUCAGCAAUUGUGGAGGUUUAUCAUUUAUAGGAAAUGGAUUUAUGAAUUGUUUACUAUCACCGUUUCGGUUUCCAUCUGAUUAAAUAAGAUAAAACUGACCUUAUUAUUUUGUAUGGCAGCUCUCAAAUAAGCAGCAUUCUUAUUACAGGGAUGCGUGAAUCGAUUUGGUAAAUUGGCGUUAUGCGCUGCCAUUAGUGUUUCACCCUGCUACUACUACUUUGGAAAUCAUAAACUAUAUACAAAUACUCGAACAGUAUUUUUGUGAUUCGAAUCGCGAUCGUGCGUAAGUAUUCAAUCAUAGCGGAAUUAUUAAUGAUCGUCUUAGAACCUAGAUGGAUGUGUAUAGUUUUGCAAAAACGAUAUAACCGAUAUAACGUUUGUAGUUAUCGCAUCAUUUAGUAUACUAUAAGGUCAUUUAUCUAGGUCCGUUAAGUACAAGAGAACAUGAGAAACAACUGAAAAUCCAAUGAAUCGAGAUACAAAGGCUACGAUAGAAACAGCUUCAACAUCAACCCGGGGCAUCCAAGAUUCCUGAAUCAAUCAGUUUGAACAAAACAGAAAAGUAGAGACACAUGGAUUCGAUAAGUAAACGUUAUCAAACGACAUGGGUGCAUGUUUGUUAAAGCAAAGUGUCAAUAUCCCUCUAAACUGAACAUAUCACAGAGGGAUAGAGCUCGAUAAAUAGCUAUGGGCACCCGGGAAUUCAAUCUACCAUAACCCAGUAGAUUCUUAUUCGGAUAGUACAGAAAGCGAAUUGCAAUGAGGUUAUCAGUGUUUGACUAUUCCGUUAUAUAGAAACUGAUCAGAUGGAUUAAAAGCCUUCAGCACCCAUCGUUAGCUGGAUCCACCGAUUCAAGAGUUAUAUAUAGCGACUGCAGGAGAGGGCGAACCUCUACUGCAACUCUUGUUUAUAGAAUAUAAACUUACACGGGAGGAUAUAUUUACAUCUUCCUAUCGUAUACAUACAGGAUCUUAAGUAGCGGAAUUAAAGGACGCCGAAGAAGUAUUUGCGUUCAGCCAUCAGUUCUUAUUCGAACUUUCCAUAGAGAUUGGGAUUGUGAACUUUGAAUUCCAUCGAACUCGGGUAGACAGCAGUAAAGUAAAUGGUGUAUUCAGAGGUGAAACGAACGCUAUGUCGUGAUGUAUUGGCUGCGCAUAGAAUGAUAUGAGGUCUAUGAUUAACGGCAGACAUAAUUGCAGUUUGCACGGAGCUACUGGCUAUAUCUAUUGAUUCUAACCGCCUAUAGGUAGUAAUCCAAAAUGAAUAUAUUGGACAAUUUGGUAUUUUUUCUUUUCAAUAUUAUCAUAAAUACUUGGAUGGGGUUCACUAAUGGAGAUGCCAACUCCAUACGGCCUCUUCACAAGAGAACUCCUGAUAGUUCAUACCGUAUUAACGUGGUUGACAGAAAUACUGGAAUAAGCGUGAUAAACAUCACCGACAUCCAGGCAACGCUCCCGUUACUCGCUUCCCGCAAGCCAUUGGACAGGGCGGCUGUCGCACUGGAAUACAUUCGCCAAAAACACAAACUCCAAGCGGGAAAGAAAUGCAAAAGCAUUUCAAUAUCACAGUUCAAUAUUAGUGAGAACGGUUUUUCAGAUCUCAAUGCGUCAUUACAACAGUUCCGCUACCAAGUUGAUAGGGCCAUAAAAACUGCCAAUGUUAUUAGUAAUUUAUUACAAACUACACAAGGCACACGGAGUUGGGACCAUAGUGACUGGAGAAAUUUUCUGUAUAAUAAAAUAUAUUAUUAUUCCCUUGUCAAAGCCAUGGUCAACGAUGAGCCUUCUAUAUUCGGGGCAAGAAUAGCAUUCGAUAAAAACCAAUUCAGAUAUACUAAUAAACCCUUCUGUCCAUUCGUUACCAAAAUCAACAAUGGAGAAUCAUCGUCUCCUGACCUCAACGUUGGGGACUUAGGUGAUAGUCUCGACUACACGAAUCGAACGCCACAUACAUCCUGGUUCUGGAGGGUCAAGGACGCAAAUACCAAUGACCAAGUUCUUUCCCAUAACGAACGGAAGACAUUUCGAGACCAAAGAGUUGAUUCUCCAAAUCCUACCAAAUACGACGUUAUAUUGGCCAAUAAGAACGAUGGGCUGUGGACAUUCCCAUUCUACAGCUGUGACAGUAAAUCCUGGCUAGUGACAUACUCCGUACCAUUUUAUGGUAAAGACGAUGGGAGCCGUUUUAAAGGUGUUGUGGCACUUGAUAUAUCUCUAUCUGCUGUUGAUAUCAACCAAUGCUCUGAGGAAGGACUCUUCUCUGGUACUCACAAGUGCAAACUGGAAACAACACAGUGUGUCCCAAUUCAACACCAAGGCUUCACCUCUGGUGCUUACACAUGCAGAUGUCAUCCAGGAUACUACUUCCCCAACUCAACAGCAGCCUCUAAGUACUACAAUGGUUUAACCCUAGAAGCAGAAUACCUGCGUAUGCUGGAAAAUCGGUUGAAUCACUACGAUGCAGACGCUGCUUUCCAAUGUCUUCCAUGUAGACAUGGUUGUAAGCAGUGUGACGAUGAUUCAACAUGCUUGGUAGAGUCAAACAUAUUACUGCGUGGAGUUCCACUAGGAAUACAGAGCUUCUGUAUGACUGUUUCACUCAUCAUUGCUUUUAUCAUCGUGCGUCUUAGAAAAACAAAGGUCAUGAAAGCUAGUAUGUGGGCCAUGCUUGAAGUCUUAAUAUUUGGGUCACUUCUGCUAUAUGCAACUGUUGUAAUUCAAUACUUUGAGCCUGAUACUACUACCUGUCUACUGAUACCCUGGUUUAGGGAGAUUGGCUUUGCCAUAGUCUAUGGUGCAUUGCUUCUUAAAGUUUAUAGGGUGCUAGCUGAGUUCCAGUCCCGGAAGGCACGACGUGUACAUGUUCGAGACAAGGAUUUGCUCAAGUACCUGCUAGGAAUAGUGCUCAUUGUAGUAGGCUAUAUGGCUGCUUGGACGGCUGUCAAUGUAGAUCAUGUACAGGAUGGAGCAAGUAUAUUACAGAAUGGCACCACACCAGAAAAUGUGACUUACUUCAUAUGUGAAUCUCACUGGUGGGAUUAUGUUAUUGAAAUAGGUGAAUUUUUGUUCCUUUGUCUGGGAAUCUAUCUGUGCUACUGUACAAGGUCUGCCCCAUCAGACUACAAUGAGAGCAGGUAUAUCUCCUGGGCAAUCUAUAAUGAAACUGUAGUAUCAGCAUUAGUUCAUAUAACAAGGCAUUUCCUAUGGUUAAGUAUGCAUCCUGACUAUAUAUUCCUCAUGUAUUUUGUACGCUGUCAGCUCACAGUCACUACCACAAUAUGCUUAGUUAUAGCACCUAAGUUAUGGUAUGCGCAUAAACCUCCAGAUGAGGAUAACUUUCGGGCUAGAGCUUUUUCCCAAACUGAUGUUCAUGAAACGAUUCUACCAGAAACCAUGAAGCUUCACGUUGGAGUCUCAUCUAAUGGAGAUGUUGAUAUUGGAGACGUGAAUCUCUCAGAAAUGGACCCUGAAGAUAUAAGGUCCGAACUAAAAAGACUAUAUACACAAUUACAAAUUUACAAAACUAAGACUAUGCGCAAGGACAACCCCCAUAUUUCCAAAAGGCGGGGUGGUCGCAAGCAAACACAUAGGAGAUUCUCUCUACAGGCAUUCCAUCAUAAGCACAGACACCACCAUGACCAUGAGCAUGAACAUGAAUUGUCUAAAACUCCUGAGGAGAGUACAAACAGCGCAGAAGGAGUAGCUAUUGCAUUUGAAAAUGCCUCUAAGGCUACCAUAGAGGAGGGAGGACCAAGCCACAGUACUGGACCUACUGUAACUUUUAAACCAGGUCAUCAUAAGUCAAUCAGCUAGUCAACAUUAUAGCUACUAUUACCAUGGCUAAUCAGGUCAGGUUUUGAAUUUUCAAAAUGAACAAUACAGUACAGUAUUGAUAAGUCAUACUAUCAUCCAAUUGGAAUGGGGAAGAUUUGCAUGCUAUAUGGAGAAGCAAGCAGACCAAGAAGACCUCAUUCAAGGUACACUAUUGUAAUAUUCUUGGUAACUGCUCUAAAGAAACAUCACAAUACUGUGACAUCAAACAGUUAAAAAUAGUAUUUUCUUGGUAUUUCUAAUAAACAUAUCUUGCUUCCCAUAGCGGACAAAUAUUUCGCUCCAUUCCGACCCUGUGGCUGUUAUCAUAACUAAGAGCUAAUGACAGAAACAAUGAAAAUAUAUUAGCUUGAAAUUCAAGUAUGCCAAAGUAAACAGGAGUACAGUA